AUGGCCAUACCAUUUUACGAGGAUGAGCCCGCCGUGGCUGCUGUGCCAAGCAUGCCCAGCGACUUUGCCGACGGGGACCAAGUGGAUGGUCCGAUGGCAGCUACAAAUGCCAACUACGAUGAGGUGGACUACGAGGGACCGCCAAGUGGCGGCAACAGCCAUGGGAGCCACAAUGCGACAGCAACAAGUUCUACUGGAACUAUGACGGCCCCUAGCACUGAGGAGCAACUGCUGGCCUGGAAAAUGUUGGCCCUGACCAUGUGCAAGGUCCUCAAGCAGUUCUAUCUACAGCAACAGCAGCAGAGUGGCAAGCCAACCAAAUUGACAGCCGUGGUGCAAAUUCAACCGAAGGCGGCACCGAAGUAA